GCCAUGCUAUAUGCCUUUGCGAAGCUUAUUAAAACUCAUGAGUGGAUUUCUUUUCCCAUUGCGCCAUUAUGUUUUUUCUGACAAUCGGAACUUUGUCCUUAUGAACAGUUCAUGUUCUGCAUAGUUGAAUCUGUCAUGGAUAAAGUAGGCAGCUGGGGAAGGCUGUUUUUUGACUCUCUGUGUAGUUUCCAACGAAAUUGCAUUUUUUAUGUUCUCUCUGUCGGUCCAAUCUCCUAUCACAUUGCCUUCAUCAUGGAUGGGAACCGUAGAUACGCCAAGAAGUGGAAUAUGGUUGAAAGUGCUGGCCAUAGGGUUGGGUUCUUGGCUCUCAUAUCAAUGCUCAGGUAUUGCUACGAGCUUGGUUUGAAGUAUGUAACAGUCUAUGCUUUCAGCAUUGACAAUUUAAAGAGAAAACCCGAAGAAGUUCAAGCCCUUAUGGACUUGAUGGAGGAAAAGAUUGAAGGGUUGAUGAAGGAAGAAAGCAUAGUGAACCGCUAUGGAGUGAGGGUUCAUUUUAUUGGAAAUCUGAAGCUCUUGAACAAAUCUGUGAGGGUGGCAGGGGAGAGGGUUAUGGAGGCCACUGCUAAUAAUUCUAAAGUGGUGAUGUCUAUCUGUGUUGCCUAUACUUCUACUGAUGAGAUUGUGAAUACUAUUCAAAGAUCAUGCGAUUAAAAACUGAAUAAAACUCAAGAGCAGAAUUCAAUGAAGCCAGGAUUGAAGAGUAUGAUCAUGAUCAAAUAAAUUUGGUGAACAUUGAAAAGCAUAUGUACAUGGCAAUCACUCCUGAUCCAGACAUCUUGAUUCGGACAUCAGGGGAGACUCGACUGAGCAAUUUUCUUCUUUGGCAGAGCGCAUUUUCGUAUUUGUAU